CAAUUUAAACAAAACUGUCCAAAUGACUUUGCCCGACAGCUUCCUGGUUGAGGCUUCCUGAGCAAUAAAGUAUUCUACCUAGCAACAGUGCUGUAAUCAUAUCUAACUGGCUGGUUAAAGCUCAGCUGUUUCAAGUUCCUGCUUCAGCCGUUUCGUUGAACACAGCCAACAUGUUUGGAUUUGAGAUGACUCUGUCCGUUAUCGUACUGAGCAUUUUCACUGGAGCAGUUUGUACUUCUGCAACAACGCCCUCCCAUGACUUCCACUACAUCUACGGGUGCUACGAAUCCAUUGACGUGCGGGUGGAUGUGGUUAUAGAUGAGGAGGUGGCUGGGUAUGCUGAUUUCAGCAACAAAGAAAUAAUGUGGGUGAUGCCUCACCUGCCACAAUAUGUAUCAGACUUAAAGAAACGGGGUUAUGAAAUUGCCAAAGAUAGCAUUACCCACUGUCACAGCGUUUUGGGUAAAGCAAAAAAAGCGGAUCCUGAUGCUCCCAUCCGUCAAGAAGCUCCAGAGAUCUCCAUCUAUACCCGGUAUGAGGCAGAGGAUGGUGUGAUCAACACUCUCUUCUGUUUGGCCAAUCACUUCCACCCCCCCACCAUCAACUUCACAUGGUCAAGGAACGGGGUGGAGAUCACAGAGGGGGUAUCGAACCUGCGUUACCGCCACAACAGUGACGGGACAUUCCACAGAAUUUCAACACUGAGUUUCACCCCUGGGGAGGAGGACGUUUACUCUUGUUCAGUGGAGCAUCAAGCCUUACAACAGCCUCUCACCAGGAGCUGGGUGCCGAUGGAGAGGAAGAGCAGCGUGAGUCCUGCAGCUUGGUUCUUCGGUGCGAGCCUCGUUUUGUGCCUGAUGGGAAUCGGGACCGGAGCCUUCUUUUUAACCAGGCGGUCAAAUUAGUGCCUUCGCUUUGGGGGUUUUUACUGAGAGCAGCUCAACCAGCAUUCAGCUACGGACUGUUUUUUUAAUAAAUAAAUACAAUAUGACCUUUUUUUUUUCAAACACAGAUGCUGCUAGAAUUUUUUUACCAUUAACUGAACAAGUACCCAAAACAGACAAGCCUCUUCUCCUCAGUGAGGCUGGUUUUCUGGGAACCAAAACCCAAAACUUCUUCGACUCAUAGGAAAGGUGAUCAAAUGUUGACUGCGUUUCUUAAGUUUAUAUUCUUUUUUUUAAUUUUUGCCUGACUGAUAUUGUAUUAAUAUUGUGUGGUUUUUAAUAAAGAUAGUGUUGGAUUAGAUGUUAGAGUUGUUAUAGGACCAACAGUAGGUUUAUGUUUUUGUAAGAUGGUAGGAUGAUAACAUGAAUACAUAUAGACAUCAAUUUGGUAACAUUUCUCCUUUACAGUUCAGUCAAAAAUUGUAAUUGAUACAGUUAAUCACUUGAUGAUUUACUGAAAAAUACUGCAAACCUAGCAUAAUGCAGUACAUAAUACAUGCAGACUCCACACUCGGACUCGGAGGAACUGCACAGCGGUCCUUCCUGCUAUACGGCUGCAGCUCCAACCACUGAGCCACCAUGCUUUACAUAAAUGACACACUACUUCCUGCACUGGAGGUAAACGUUGCCGCUAGACGCAGAUUGUGACCCGCAGCAUCAUCCAAUAUGCCAAUACACAAAUUGGCUUACACACCUGUUGUUUUCAUAUUCUGAAGACACUUGGGCUAAGAAAAUAAAUCUAAGAAUGAUAACCCUUCUUUAAGUCUCUAAUCUGAUGUCCGUAUUGGCCGACUAGCCUAAUUCAGUGUGAAAGUGUUCCCUGCGCACAAUAGACCACACAGAGCUCAUAUACCAGGAUGGUACAGUAAAGCUAUUGUGUAUAAGAGGUCAGAAAAAAUAAUCACCUGCUGUGAACUGCUGUGGUUUCAGGUGAGUGGGAGCCCUCUCCUGCUGCUGUCUCUUCACCAGUGAAACCAGCUAACACUAUGCUGGAAAAUGACAGCCAGACUGUUUGAGUCCUCCGCCUCUGAUAGGCUCUGAAGAGAUGUACAACAAUGAAAUGAGCUGUGACAAAUUGUAGGGACAGGGAACAUGAGUAUAUAGGGCCCUCAAAUGAGGAGGGCCCACAAAGAUACUAGAAUGAAUAGCCAUGGAUGUGGGAAAGGGCCCAUAUAGUAUGCUUAUGUACAGGGCCCAGAUUUUUGUGCGACGCCUCUGCUUGUGUGUGACAUGUUUUAAUUAGUACUUCACAGUAUAGCAUAAUGAUUUCCUGUAUGAUAUCUUUACUAACAAUAUUAACUUUUUAUUACUACUCUGCAGUAAACUUGUCUAUCUAUCCACAGACAACAAAUUAAAAAAACAUUUGGCUAAC